UGAAAAUGGCAUUAGCAGCCAUGUCUGAAGCUUGGCAAGGAGACUAGCUUCGUAUUUCUUUUAUAGCUUCCGGCCAGGAGACAGCCAGCUCACUGCUUAGACCCGGUAUAUUGGAAGUCCCUGAGAGUGACAAAUAGAACAGGAGGAGGAGCUUAAGCAAUAGCUCAUUUACUGGCGCAUUGAGCACACGGCUGAAGCCUGAAUGUGUUGGUGGCUUGGGUUGUAUGGAGUCAGACCUGUCGCGCGUUUUUGUUUUGGCGCCCAACAACACACAAGUACAAGAACACGCCCUCUUGCUCUUGUAGACAGGCAGUGGCAGGGUCCUAUGGCUGGAGAGGAGGAUGAAGAUGAUUGGGGCGAGAUUGACUUUUCAAGUCUCAGGCAGUCCAUCAGUAAAGAAAGGCAUCUACCAUCAACACACGCGCGCGACACGAGCACCGCAAGCAGUGGGCGUGGCUUCAUCGCUCUAGAUGAACUCUCCAUGCACAGUGACAAGAGUCAAGCCACGUCACUUGACAAGGACGCGACGAUCCGGUCGAAUUCUGCACGUCACGGGCCGGGCUCCAUGGGUGUACAAACGCUACCUAAACCACCCGUCAAUCGCACAGUACCGCGUCCACUACCUAGCUCUGCUGGCAACGACAGAGUACACCACAUUGCAAAGACUGCAGCUCCCAGUCGUGUGUCUCUUCCGACACGUGUCCUGUCGCGCUAUUCAGAAACGGCAGACGAUGAUGUCGAUUUCGACUGCCUCGAUGUCGUCAGUACGCCCAAGAAUGAACGUGCUCGUCGUGUACAAGAUAGGUUGAGACAAGGCCUGCAACCACGAAGACAUAUCCCUACACCAUCAGAUCUUGGUCGCAUUUCUGCAUGGCAAGCGGAUGAGCAAGGUGUGGGCAAGGAGGAGUCCUUUGAUGAGGACUUUGAGUUGCCUGAACAUCUCGUCUUGGAUAAAGGUCAUCUCAUCACCAACAAGCUACGGUCGCGUGCCCUCGAGACUGAUGAGUGGGAUGAGCCGUCGCAUCCACAACGGCACAAGACACACCCUAGAUCCGGUCAUGGUCGCGAAUCAACAGGAUCCAGCAGUUUCUCCCUAUCUGUCACGUCCACCGUUGACUCUGAAGACGUCACAGACGGACUUGAGCUGCCCGAUGUUCAAGUUGACUUGCGUAAACGAUUCAAGGACAAUACCGAUCGUCGCGCUGCAGGGGAAACGCUGCGUGGUCUCUCCACUGCGCAUUCAGCACAUGAAAGUAUGCUCCAGGGACUCGUACUCGAUGCAGACAUGUUUGUGUCUGCACCAGGAAUCAAGCAUGCCAAUGUCAGGCGGGGCAUCGCUUCCAGCCCGAGCGCACUGCAUUCUACCGUUAGGCCUUCAGGAACGCUCAAAGCACGUCUCCCUAUACCUGCCUUUGGGACGGAUGACUCGAUGCGCGCAGACAACUCUAUGCGACAAGAGUCAACAACAAAGACGCGUCGCUCUACAAGCCAUCACAGCACUGAAAAGCAGCCACGUCAAG